AUGGGCAUGCUUAGGUUUAUUUCUAGAGCAGGAGAUUUCAACCUUCAGAAAAGAGAUAGAGGAACUGAAAGUGUUGAGGAAACAGAUGGAGCAGAAAGUAUUGAUGGAAAAAGAGAAUGGAAAUAUGGAGAUGAAAAUAAUUUUUUACAAGAAAAGAAUGUAAUGGAAGUAGAUGACACUUUGAGAGGGGUUUUGAUAAAAAACCUAUACAGUAUGGAUAUACAGGAUGAAGUGAUAAAAGGGAUAUUGGGUGAAGGAAACACAAGUUUUAAACCUGGAGAUAUUUUGGGUAUUAUGGGUUCUUUAGGAUCUGGAAAGAGUUUAUUAAUAAUGCAUAUGGUGGCAGUAAGUAUUUUACCAGAAGAGAUUGGGGGUCAUGACCAAAAAGUAUAUUAUCUAGAUACAGAUUCAGGAUUCUCUAUCGAAGUUUUUAUAGAAAAACAUCUAAUUCCUAUUAUUGAAAAAAAAAUUGUCAAUGAAGACUUUUAUUAUCAGUUGGAAAAGAAAUUUAGUCAAGAUCAUACAAAAAUCCCCCAGGAAAGUUUUUCGAAAGAAAAAAGAAUAAGAGCUGAGAAAGUGAUCAUAGAUAAAGUAAUUAGAAAAAGCCUCAAUAAUUUGUAUAUUACAUUUGUGAAUGAUUUGUUGGAUUUACUGUGUAUUUUAAGACAAAUUAUAAGUGAUUCUCACAUUAAUUCUUUUAAUAAUUCUGGUAAAACAAAUAUCGAUACCAAUGUUAAUACAAAUAACAGUACCGAUAAUAGUACUACAACUAUCACUAUUGGUGAUAAUAAUCAUAAUAAUAAAGCAAAAUUGUUGGUAAUAGACUCUCUUAAUUUUUGGAAUACAGAUUUAAGCUCUUUUCUAAUAAAAAACCAUCCAGAAAAAGUAAGAACCAAAUACCAUGUUCUUGGAUACUAUACAAACAAAAACACACUUUUCAACUCAGUAUUUUCUCUAAUUCGUCAAAUUGUUCAGUUUCAUGGAUUCAUUGGAUUAAUAUCAAUUUGUGAAGAACCAAUUAUACAAUUUACAUGUAAUAAUAAUAAUGGUAGUAAUAGUUAUUAUGAUAAAUUUAAAAGCAAUUUUACUGAAGAACUUGUAGAAUUGGUCAAUCUUUUUCAGACAAAAAAACUUUAUCAAAAUGUUGAUCAUUAUUAUGAAAAUUAUGUAAUUAGUAUAAAAGAUCAAAAUCAAAAUGGAAUCCAAAUUGAAGAUAAAAAGAAUGAAAAACUUAUGUUAAAGUUUCCUAGAAUAAUCCAUAAAAAUAUAUUUCCAACCUUUUUGAGUAAAAUAAUUAAAGUAGAAGAUUAUCAAAGUAUUACAAAUAUUAUUUGGAUUUCAAGAUCUUCACUUCCAAUUUCCGAUCAAAUACAUAAUUAUCCAAAUUCUUGUGUAAUUCCAACAUACUUUUCAUGUAUUAGUGUUAAUAAUCUCCAAAAAAGUUAUCUUGUUUUUGAUGAUUUUCAUGGAUUAGUAGUUCUUGUUUAA